AUGGUGGAGGCGCUGGACCUCGGCACGCUGAGCAAGCGCCUGAAGCGCGAGAAGGCCCAGUCCGGUGACAUCACGGCCUCGCUCAUUUGGAACGACCCGAGCGAUCUGGACUUGCACUGCUUUUUCACCUCCGCCUCCGGUAAGAAGGAACACAUCUAUUACGGGAACAAGAAGGCGGCGGGGGGCUUUCUGGACGUGGACAUGAACGCAUCAAAUGAAGGCAAGCGGUUCUCCCUGGAGCCGGUGGAGAACAUCUUCUUCAAGAACCCCCCUGGUGGCAAGUACACAAUCUCCGUCAACAACUUUAACACCAGGUCUCACCCGACAAAGUGGAAAGGCAAGUUCACCAACAGUAAACGCCUCAUACCUUUCAAGGUGUACGUCAACAAGGACGGCAAGAUGCAGACCUUCUCAGGCAAGGCUAACGGCCGCAGAUUUAUCAAGUCCUUCAGCUUUGCAGUCAAAGGCGGAGGUGGCGGCUCUGGUGGUGGCGGCUGCUACAUCGUAUUCCCUCCCGAGUCUUCCCAAACGACAUUCAAAGCCCUGUGCGCCAAGCACCGCAUCCCCUGGAAACAGGGCAGUGGAUACUAUGCUGUUGCGCGAACCGAGAAGAUCCACUCGUACAAGGAGAUGCUCCUGCAGAGCGUCAAGGCCGACAAGUUCACCGUGGGGUCGGCCAAGUGUCGCAAGGCCCUGGGCUGGCCCGCAGAGGGUGAGCUGCGGAAGGGCCCGAAGGACAUCAAGGACGGGCACCGCCUGUUCGUGCAGUCCACGUCCGCCAAUCGCGUCAUCCCGGGGGGCACCCACGUUCUCUUCGAGGUGACGCCAGAGGAGUACGCCAAGCACAAGAAGGCCCGCAGCACCAAGUACGAGAGCGAGACCCACACGACCGGGAAGAAGGGCUCGUCAGCCGCGGCGAAGGCGAAGGCGAAGGCGAAGGGCGCGGCCAAGGCCAAGGCGAAGGCGAAGGCGAAGGCGAAGGCUGCGCCCAAGGCUGGCGCCAAGAGGGCCGCGGCGCCGCCCAUGCGAGCAGCAGGCGGCGGAGGCGGCCUCCGCGGCAUGAAGCUGGUCUUCACGGGCACCCUCGCGGUGCCACGCUCCACGGCGGCGGCAGCGGCCCAGGCGGCCGGCGCGAGCGUCCUCGGCGCCGUCUCCGCCAGCAUGGACAUCUUACUGGUUGCCGGACCCGGCGCCGGCAGCAAGCUCGCAAAGGCGGAGGGGCUCGGGAAGCAGGUGUGGGACGAGGCGAAGUUCAAGCGCGCGGUCGGCCUGUGA